UAAUCAAGAGUAGAUCAAACAAAUAUAUAUAUAUAUAUGAUGUCCAAGAUCAUAAUAUAUUGUGCUCUCUUCUUGAUCUUCUUUUCAUCUUCCUUCCAUGAAUCGAAUGCAGCCUAUAACGUUGUCAGUUUUGGAGCAAAACCGGAUGGCAAGAGUGAUUCGAGCCAAGCAUUUGUAAGGGCAUGGUUAUCCGCAUGUAGGUCAACAGGACCAGCCACAGUGUAUGUUCCAAAGGGAAGUUUCUUGGUGAAACCAGUGGAGUUUAGCGGUCCAUGCAAGAACAAGAUUUCGUUUUGGAUUGAUGGGAAGAUUAUAGCACCAACGAAUUACUGGUCUUUUGGGACUUCUGGAUUUUGGAUAUUGUUUUAUAAGGUGAGUAGGGUUACCAUACAUGGCGGCACUCUUGAUGCUAGGGGUGCUAGCUUUUGGGCUUGCAAGAGAGCUGGAAAAGUUUGUCCUCCUGGAGCUAGAUCCAUAUCAUUUGUGGGAUCAAGUGACGUAGUGGUGAGUGGAUUAACAUCGAUGAACAGCCAGAUGUUUCACAUUGCUAUACACAAAAGCCACAACAUCGUUCUUCAAAAACUAAAGAUAAUUGCACCCAGUUUGAGUCCCAACACUGAUGGACUUCAUAUGCAAUCUUCUACUGGAAUUACCAUUAAAGACAGCACCAUAACCACUGGAGAUGACUGCAUUUCCUUAGGUCCUGGCUCUCAGAACAUCUGGAUUCAGCGCAUUGCCUGUGGCCCUGGACACGGAAUCAGUAUCGGCAGCCUAGCUCAAUACAAAAAUGAAGAAGGCGUACAAAAUGUUACAGUAGCAAAUGUGGUUUUCACCGGCACUCAAAAUGGAGUCAGGAUCAAAUCAUGGGAGAGACCCAGCACGGCUUUUGUUAAAAACAUUCUCUUCCGAGAUAUCGUCAUGAAAAACACUUAUAAUCCUAUCAUCAUCGACCAGGAGUACUGCCCUAACGGCCGUGGUUGCCCUAACCAGAGUUCAGGAGUGAAGAUAAGUGGGGUGACAUAUAAGAACAUAAGAGGAACAUCUGCGACGAGAGUAGCGAUGAAUUUUUUAUGCAGUUCAAGCAAUCCAUGUAGAGGACUCAAAUUGCAGAACAUAAAGCUAACAUAUUUGAGCAGAGGUACUGCAACAUCUUCUUGUAUCCAUGCACAUGGAAGCACUGCUGGAGUUGUCAUUCCCCGUAGUUGUUUCUAAGAUACGUGUGUGUGUAUAUAAAUCCUUCACUAUUUAUUGUUUGUAAUUUAUGUUUCCCUGUUUGUUUUAAUGUAAGUAUUACAAAUUUUUUAUUCAUUUCAAUAAAAUUGUUUGUCAA